CGAAUGGUGUUGUUGUCGUCAUGCCGCUAGUUUAUCAGUACCACCGGAACUCGUCUAAGUAGCACUCUAGUCGCAAAGCUUCAAAGAUUAUUGAAUCAUCGUGGCAAAUGCUACCAGAUUCAAAAACUGAAAGUUUAUCCCCGCACCUUUUAAUUUAACACCCAUGUCGCUAUAACUGCACUCCUGAUGAAGUAGAUGCAGUAGGGAAGAUCUAGCGGAAACUACAACUUACAGAACUAAGUUGUAGAUCACAGUCCAGUCCUCAUUAUGGACGGGAAGAGAAAGCAGGCAUUCAACAAAAAUGAUCAUCAAAGUGGAAAGAAACCAAGACAAGAUGAAGAUGAUGAAUUGGACCCAUCCAUGUUUGAAGAUGAAUUAGCAAUGAUGGAAGGCAUUGAGGAGGAAAUGAUGGUUCAAGACGAGGAAGAAGUCAUUGGGAAUGGUCCAAGCGUAUCUCGGUCUACCUCAAGAUGGGCACGACCAGCUGUUAAGGCCCUCGACCCUAAGACAAGCAGCAUCAUAUUCCAGCAAAUUGACUUGGAACAUUACAUCGGUAAGCACCUUCCCGGUAUGCCAGGCUCUACUGUGGGGCCUGUUCCUGUCAUCAGCAUGUAUGGAGUGACCAUGGAGGGUCACAGUGUCAUGGCUCACAUCCAUGGGUUUGCCCCAUACUUCUUCAUCCCUGCACCCUCAGGCUUUAAGGCUCAAGAUUGUGGCAUUUUUAAGGAUGCUCUGAAUGGUACAGUGAUGAAAGAUCUGCGCUCCAACAAAGAGGGGAUAACUCAUGCUGUAUUAGCUGUGGAACUGACUAGCAAGGAAAGCAUAUAUGGUUAUCAUGGAAAUAAAAAGAUGCCAUUUCUGAAGUUGACCAUGGCCUUACCUCGUCUUAUUGCUCCUGCUAAACGCCUCAUUGAGGGAGGAAUCAGUGUACCUGGUUAUGGUCAGUAUGCUGCUCAAGCCUAUGAAAGCAACAUCGACUUUGAAAUCAGGUUCAUGGUGGAUUGUGAUGUAGUGGGUUGUAACUGGAUUGAGGUGCCAGCCGGGAAGUACCACUUGAGAGAAGCAAACCACAUGGACCCUAACAACCCCAAAAGACCCCUGCCUCGCUCCCGCUGUCAGAUCGAGCUGGAUGUUUCAUGGGAAGAGUUCAUCUCCCAUUCCCCAGAGGGUGACUGGAGCAAGGUCGCCCCGUUCAGAAUUCUUAGCUUUGAUAUUGAGUGUGCCGGAAGGAAAGGUGUGUUCCCGGAGGCAGAUAAGGAUCCUGUCAUCCAGAUAGCCAACAUGGUGAUCAGACAAGGGGAGCAGGACCCGUUCAUCAGGAACGUCUUCACGCUCAACACCUGUGCUCCUGUUGUCGGCUCACAGGUCAUGUGUCAUAAAUCAGAGGCCAAUAUGUUACAGGCCUGGUCGCAGUUUGUGAGGGAUUCUGAUGCAGAUAUCAUCACAGGAUAUAAUAUUCAGAAUUUUGACUUGCCUUACCUGAUCAACAGAGCCAAUCACCUCAAAGUGAAGGACUUUUGUUACCUGGGCAGAAUCAAAGACUCUCGAUCAGUUAUCAAAGAGUCUAUGUUCCAGAGUAAGCAGAUGGGCAAGAGAGAGAACAAGGUGAUCAACACAGAAGGACGUAUACAAUUUGAUCUGCUUCAGAUUCUUUUUCGAGAUUACAAAUUGAGGUCUUACACUUUGAAUGCUGUGUCGUUCCAUUUUCUGCAAGAGCAAAAAGAAGAUGUUCAGCACUCAAUCAUCACGGAUCUUCAAAAUGGUAAUGACCAGACCAGGAGGAGGCUUGCUGUGUAUUGUCUGAAAGAUGCCAUCUUACCGCUGCGCCUGCUGGAGAAACUCAUGUGUGUGAUCAACUACAUGGAGAUGGCUCGUGUGACGGGGGUCCCCCUCAGUUACCUCCUCUCACGCGGACAACAGAUCAAAGUCAUCUCACAGCUGCUCAGAAAGGCUAAAGAGCAGGAUUUGAUCCUGCCUACUCACAGGAUAGAGGCUGGGGAUGAGUAUGAAGGGGCCACUGUGAUUGAGCCAAUCAAAGGGUACUAUGACAUCCCCAUAGCCACGCUGGACUUCUCCUCUCUGUACCCUUCUAUCAUGAUGGCCCAUAACCUGUGUUACACCAGUCUGCUGAAUCCUGGGGUUAUCAGUAGAGAGGGGUUGAGUGCAGAGCAGUUCAUCAAGACCCCAUCGGGGAAUUACUUCUGUAAGAGCACCGUCAGGAAGGGUCUUCUGCCAGAAAUCCUGGAACAUUUGCUCUCAGCAAGGAAAAAAGCAAAGGCUGAUCUGAAGAAAGAGACUGACCCUUUCAAGAAGAAGGUGUUAGAUGGUCGGCAGCUGGCCCUGAAGAUCAGCGCUAAUUCUGUUUAUGGGUUCACGGGGGCCCAGGUGGGCAAACUGCCCUGUCUGGAAAUUUCACAGAGUGUUACUGCUUUUGGUCGUAUGAUGAUUGAGCAGACCAAACAGUACGUAGAGGAAAGAUAUACCAUUGCUAAUGGCUACAAGCAUGAUGCUAAGGUAAUAUAUGGUGACACAGAUUCUGUGAUGUGUAAGUUUGGGCUUGAGACAGUAGCUGAAGCUAUGGAGCUGGGCACGGAGGCCGCAGAGUUCAUCUCCAGUAAAUUCGUCAGUCCCAUUAAGCUGGAGUUUGAGAAGGUAUAUUUCCCUUACCUUCUCAUCAACAAAAAACGUUAUGCCGGACUCUACUGGACAAACCCUCACAAACAUGACAAGAUGGACUGCAAAGGAAUUGAGACAGUUCGUCGAGACAACAGCCCCCUGGUGGCAAACUUAAUCAACACUUGUCUCCAGUUGUUACUUAUAGACAGAGACCCAAAUGGAGCUACAGAAUAUGCCAAACAGACCAUAUCUGACUUGCUGUGUAACAGAAUAGACAUCUCCCAGCUGGUCAUCACCAAAGAACUGACCAAGACGGAUGAUGAAUAUGCAGGAAAACAGGCCCAUGUGGAGCUGGCCAACAGGAUGAGGAAGCGUGACCCCGCAGGUGCCCCCCAAUUGGGCGACCGGGUGCCUUAUGUGAUCAUUGCAGCAUCAAAGGGUACAGCGGCAUACAUGAAGUCUGAGGAUCCUAUAUAUGUACUGGAGAACAACAUUCCUAUAGACACUCAGUACUAUCUAGAGAAUCAACUGUCCAAACCGUUGAUGAGGAUAUUCGAACCAAUCCUUGGUGAGAAGAAGGCAGAGUCAGUGUUGUUAAGAGGGGAGCAUACCAGAACAAAGACUGUUGUCACAUCCAAAGUGGGAGGCCUAGCCGCUUUUACCAAGAAAAAGAGCAAAUGUAUUGGAUGUAAAGCUGUACUUGAAGUGGAAGGAGAUGCUGUGUGUAAGUACUGCCGACCUAAGGAGUCUGAGUUGUACCAGAAGGAGGUGGCACAGAUGGGUCACCUGGAGGAGAAGUUCUCCCGGCUGUGGACCCAAUGUCAACGCUGUCAGGGAAGUCUUCACGAGGAUGUGCUCUGUACCAGCCGGGAUUGCCCUAUAUUCUAUAUGAGAAAGAAAGUGCAGAAAGACCUGGAAGAACAAGAAAAGAUCAUGCAACGAUUUGGGAAUGCCAGCUGGUGACAGAAAUUUGCAACAGUGAUUGAUUCACUGAGUGAUAACUUGCAUUUGUUGUAACAGUUGCAACACAGUGAAUGUAAGCUAGGCAGCUAUGUGCCGCGCACGUGAAUGCAAUGGUUUUGGAAUGUAGAUUAAAGACUUGAACUAGGUGUAUUAACUGGGUAUAGUGCACGACUGCACUGAAACUGAAGAUGGUGUUUCAAUUAUGCAUACAGGCUAGAAUACACUGUAUUCAUAUUUCUGGUCUGAUACUAUCCCAUGUACUCCGAGGAUGAUACAAUUCCUACAAACAGAUCUACUUUCUUCAUCAAGAGAAUUAAAGUGAAAAAACUUGUGGAAAUGUUAUAUGAAGUCAUUGGAAGUAGACUUACAAUAAUUUGUGACAUCUUACCUGUAUUGUUUGAUAUUCUGGGAUUGUAAGCCUAAGGCUAAAAUUUCUCACUACAGGAUCCUGUAAAGGGGCUGUACGUUGAUUUUUGUUUUCAUGAGUGUUGUAGCCCAGAGAAAAAGCUCAAAUAUAUCCUUAUUUCACAUGUGGGAAAGUUUGUUAAUGACCUGGGCCAUCCAGUUUCCUUUACUGGUAAAACUCACUGCUAUCAUAUCACUGAAGAUGGCCUGAAACGAGCGAAUAAAAAAAAUAAAGAAACCAAGCCUUUAUAUCCACUAGUGCUCUUACAUAGGUGUUUAGAAGCAGUGUUCCGUACUUCUGCAGAUGUAAAAGCUGGAGAGUAAUGAACCGUUUUCGGUAGUACUGCUAAAACACCAAUCAAACAGCAAUAGGCAACUUUUGUACUACAUCACUAUCCCAGCAGCUAUUUCAAAUAUAGAAAACUUCAAAUGUAUGACAUCUCUCUGAAAUGACACGGUUUGUAUAUCAAAGAGUCUGGAAAUUUUGGCAAGUUUUGACCUGUUUCCAGCUUUGCUGGUUACAACUGUAUGUGUAAAAAAAUGUUGAAACUCUUAAUGUUGGUUGUUGUGUCUUUUUUUUUCAUAAAUUCCCCAAUUUUUGACGUGUAAAUUGCCGUUGGGUGUCAAUAGAUCACCAGAAGUGUCGCAUCAUUUUUGUAUUUACAGCUACUAAUGUCACUGAAGAUAGGGCACAUUUUGUUGUGAUACCAUGUACAAGGAAGGAAAUAAGAAACGUAGUACGAAGAGUAGAUAUGUUUCAUGAGAGGUAAUGGUGCUGGGGCUCAAGAAUAAAUCCAUUAUAUAUAACAUUUAA